GGUCUUCGUAGGAAACGGCUUGUUGUACGCCAUGCGGAUCAAUGUGAGCGUUACCAUCGCCGCGAUGACAAACGCCACAUACACAACGUUCGAUCAUGGUGGAGGCUAUAAUCAAACUGUGGAAACGUGCCCCAAACCGAAUAAUUCGACUGAGUCCACGAAUGAAAACGGAGAAUUCCUGUGGACGGCGCACCAGCAAGAACUCAUCAUCGCUGGGUUCUUCUACGGCUAUUCCGUCUCACAGAUUCCGGCAGGAUGGCUUACGGAUAAGAUCGGAGGAACUCGGGUGUUCGGCUUCGGCAUGUUCAUAUCCGGGAUAUCCAGUCUGCUAGGGCCUACAGCUGCUUGGAUGGGACCGGAGUUUCUGCUUGCAAUUCGGAUCUUUUGUGGCUUUUUCGAGGGGGGUACAAUGUCAUCCCUGGGAUCUAUGUUUUCACGAUGGUACCCCGGUGAUCAAAACUCAUAUGGAUUCGCUAUUGCUAUGUCAGGUGCCAAAUUUGGAACUUUCUUUGGGACUAUCAUCUCCGGAAUGUUAUCCGGUACAAAUUUUCUUGGAGGAUGGCCCUCAACUUACUAUUUCUUUGGCACUAUUACCGUUACGUGGGCAUUCCUGUGGUCUGCUCUGAUCUAUGAAAGCCCACACCUUCAUCCACGGCUCUCAAGAGAAGAAUUUGACUAUCUUUCGUCAGCUGCAGUUACAGAAAAGACGGGUAAGAUUGCAAUACCCGUGAAGUCUAUCAUACUCUCAAUACCAGUCUGGGCUAUCAUCAUCUGCUCAUUUGUUGGAACGUGGGCAAACAACGUCGUCUUUACAAACCAACCUAUCUAUCUUAAACACGUUCAAGGCAUGAACAUUGAAUUGAUCGGUAUCCUCUCUUCCAUUCCCUUCCUGGCUGAAGGGGGUAUGCUGGUUUUAUGUAGCAAACUCGCAAUCAAAUUAAUCAACGACAAAACACUCAGCGUGGUAGCCACUAGGAAACUCUUAACUGCAAUAGGUCUUGGGCUCACCGCCGGAUCAUUCCUGCUGUUGGCCUAUGUGGGAUGCAACAGCGCCCUCUCAGUCGUCUUGAUGAUCAGUGCAACAGGGUUCAACGGUAUCGCCUCCAGUGGUUACUACGUCAACCUCAUGGACAUCGCUCCCAGGUUUGCAGGUAGUCUCCUCGGCUUUGUCAACACCUCAUCGGCCAUAUCCGGUGCCUUGACACCGUAUGUUAUUGGUGUCUUCACGACAAAUCAGGCUGACAUUCUUGGAUGGCAGACCGUCUUCUUCAUUUCAACUGGACUGACUCUGCUAGCUGCACUCGUGUACAGUAUCCUUGGAUCUGGUGAAGUGCAAGAAUGGGCUAAAUCAUCUAAUGAAGAAACCUUGUGAAGUUCACCCAAGUGGGAAUUAUUCUCAUUCCAUGAGACUGUGCUUGCUCACUUCAUGUUUAACCAACGUUGGGUUGUACGCUUCCAAUUAAGCAUGCAUACUCUGUUUUCUUUAAUCAAGAUGUUUGUCUACGUCGAGUUACGACUUCCGCCUAGCCCACACCACUCUUCAGUGUAAAGUGAGAUGUACCCCAGCCCAUUUGACUCAGUUGCGGUAAAUGAUCAUUAGGUAUGAGGGAAGAAACAAGGACAAUCGGCCUCAAGGACCAUUUGCCUCGUAGGAAGAACCCAUGUUUCAUUCGAAUCGUAACUGUAAAAGUCAACUAGAAAGUCAACCACGAUUUCUAUCUCGUCUGUCGUUAAAAUUUUUAGUUUCUUUUUUGCAUAAAGAGAGGAAACUAGCUACCAUGACAACUUGACAACUACGACAAGAAACUGGAUGUGUUGCUCAGAGCAUUAAGUGAUAUCCCUCAUUAUAAACCAUAAAUAAUAAUAAUAGGCAUUUAUAUUGCACCAUCUAUUUAAAAUAAUCUAUUCCGAGGCG